AUGCGCAAGCGUUUCCACUGGCUCAAGAAGCCCAAAAUCAGGGCCGACUGGUCCAAGGAAAACCUCUACAACAUCGCACGCGCAACCAUUCCGCCCACCGGCAGCAAGACUUUCUUCCAGCAGAAAUGGAACGCCAAGGCCUUGACCCGUGCCUACCACGGUGAACAGAUCCGCGAAAAGCAAUGGCAGCGCAUGUUCCGUCGCACCUUGCCCGCAGUUGUGCCCAUGGACCACAAGUAUCUCGCCCAAAACGACGGCAGCGAACAAGCUCUCGGUCGCGGCUCCGGUGAAGACGAGCCUACCGACUUCUCCUCGCGCCGCACUCCGCAGAUGACUCCUUACAUGCACAUGACCUACUAUCCCGUCGAACGCCGCCUGGAUACGGCUGUUUGGCGUGCUCUGUUUGCCUCGAGCGCUCGCCAGGCCCGCCAAUUCGUUGUGCACGGAUGGGUCAAGGUCAACGGCAAGAAGAUGAACUAUCCUGGCUAUAUGCUGAACCCCGGCGACCUGUUCCAAGUUGACCCGGAGCGUGUCAUGUGGGCCACCGGCGCCCGCAAAGACGAGAAGCGCCAGAUGAUCACCGUGGGCAAGAAGCCGACCGAAAAGGCUGAGUCGCAAGAUACCGCCAAGGAGGAGGGACAGGAAACGGCUGCCGAGACGGACGCGGAAAAGACGGAUGCUGAGGCCAAGUCGGAGGAGGCUACGGAGGCAAAGGAGGCGGAGAAGGAACCUGAAACUAACGAGGAGGAAGUGAAGAACACUCUGAAGUCCUUGAUGGAACGGACCGAGGCCAUGAUGGCGGACUCCGAAGAGCUGUCGGCAAAGCGCAAGCAAGAUCUUCGCGGCUUCCGUCAGGCCCUUCGCAAGAUGCUUUCGCGUGCCAGGGGUGUCUCGACCUCCGUCACCGAUGACCUGGAAGCUCGUCUAGCUGAAAUCUCCAACAAGCUCGUCAAGGCCAAAUCUCCCAAGCAGCAGGUCAAGGAAGCAACCGCCGUCGAUGCCUUUACCGAGGAGCAGGAGGAGUUGCUCCAAGAAGCCCUGGAGAAGAUGCGCGAGAACCCCUUCGACCCGAGCAAGCCGUAUCUCACCCCCUGGAGACCUCGCAGCUUCAUGUCCGCUUUCGCUUUCAUCCCCCGUUACCUCGAGGUCAACCAAAACAUCUGCGCUGCCGUGUACCUCAGACACCCGGUGGCAAGGCCCGGCAUGGCUGAGGUGCCCACUCCUUUCCACUAUGAGACCAACCAGCUGGCUUUCAACUGGUACCUGAGGAGACGGUAA